CAAAACUUAAAAAAAAUGGAAGAGCUUUUAAAAUCCCUUAAAGAAGACAACAUUUUACCUAAUGAAGCUACAUAUGCAGCGUUGCUGAACUGCCUCGGACGGUUACCAGAAAGUCCAGCAAAUACAAGUGAUAUUAACACAUACCUCUCAGCUGUAAAGGAAGCAGGCAUAGACAUCAACUCUCUCUUCAACAAAGUUAAUUUUGUACGAAAGGGGUACGAGAAUGCUCUUAGAGCUGUUCGUCGGGUCCUACCAUCGUUUGAGCCCCAACCAGAGACAAUUUCUUUUGGUUAUAAUUGCAGUCUUGUUGACUCGCUCAACAAUAGUCUCUACUCUACACAGAUAGCUUCACCAGCUGAUGGUGUCGUUACUGAGGCUGAGCUUAUCAAGUGGGCCGAAGAACAGUUUGCCAUGGAGAUGAAGAGUGAGGUAGUUAUCAACAGCAUUGUCAACGCGGAGAAGUCUAAGGACACUCAAUAUUAU